ACUUCUUCCUCUUCUAUGCAACAGGGGUAAGGGCUGCUUACACAUUUUUCUCACCCCGAUCAUAGAGUAGUGGGAACCUCGUGCACUAGAUUGCUCUUGAGUCACUGGUGCGUGAGCUUGACCCUUCCCUCAUUCGUUGGUGCUCUUUAGUAGACGAGUAGUUGAGAGACUCAAGACGACUCAAGACUCGAGACCAUGGUCAAGUGUCAACCCACAUCAACGAAUCGAUCCUCCAAGGACCAUUUGAUCGGUUCCCCCCUCAAAUUGUUUACUGGGUCCCUGAAGAAGGUCUAUCUAAUGGUGGCCAAGAGAUCAAUCUUGCUUUUGUCUGUAAAACCCAUGUCUGGAAACCUUGCCAAGUUCAACUACGGUACUGCAAACCUCACAACUCAACUCUGAGAGCUCCUGGACGGGAAGAAGUUGAAGUAAUGCCACCAGCAUGGGCUGCGUCGAUGGUGAAGAACGGUGGCCUUGGAUUGGUUGCUUUAACAUAUAUUGCUGUGGAUUACCUGAGAAACUUGUCCCCAUCAUGGCAUGCUCGGUUGCAGCCCGCGCUCUGGGUGAUUCUCAUCUUGGCUUCCCUUACUCGUUUCCUCAAGUACCAACACUGGACCUCUGAGAUCCGCUAUGCAGUCCCUUUUAUUGCUUCCAUGCUCUUCCUGCUUUGUGCUUUUCUUGUUGAAGUCAUUUCUGUUCGCUUCGUCACUGCCGUUCUCGGCCUUGAUUGGCACCGUGCAUCGUCUCCUCUUCCUGACACUGGCCAGUGGUUGCUGCUGGCAUUGAAUGAGAAACUUCCUCAGGUGGUGGUUGAGAUUUUAAGAGCCCACAUUAUUGCAUUGCACAAUUAUCUCAUGUUGUUUGUGAUGUUGGCUUUCUCUGUACUGUUCAACUCUGUCAAAGCUCCUGGCCUUGGGCUGGGUGCAAGGUACAUGUUCACCAUGGCAGUUGGUCGGCUUCUACGUGCUGUAUCAUUCGUUUCUACAAUUCUACCAGCAGUCCGGCCUUGGUGUGCUUCUGACCGGUAUAAACGACUUCCUUCACAUCCUCAUGUUUGGGCUCAGAAAUAUUACAUGCCAUAUGCUUCAGAUGCAGGUGCUAUUCGCCGGCUUGUACUACGUGACAUGGCUUUCGGCUCUUCUGAUGAAGGGGAAUAUAUUCAAGACCAUCGACCAGAUUGGGGAUCAAUGAGCUUCCUGAUCAAUUUCCUGCGUCCCACAAAGGCUGAUGGGUCAUGGUACAGUCUACUUAAGAGAGCCAGUGGCGGCUGCAAUGACCUUUUAUACAGUGGUCACAUGCUUGUGGCGGUAUUAACAGCUAUGGCGUGGACGGAAGCAUAUGGAGGUUGGACCUCAGCUAUUUUAUGGAUGCUUGUUAUGCACAGUGCCCAGAGAGAAAUACGGGAACGGCACCAUUACAGUGUGGACUGUGUGGUGGCUAUCUAUGUUGGCAUCCUUCUAUGGAAGAUGACAGGUUUUAUAUGGUCAGCCAAGGACACAUCAUUGAGUAGGAAACUUGCUAAGUUUGAGAAGAUCCAUAGCCGACUUGACCGGGCUAUGAAGGACUCAGACAUGUAUGAAGUAAGGAAACUUCUGAAAGAGGUUGAGUCUGCUGGUAAACAGAGGCAGAGUUUUACUGAUCAGACCAUUCGAAUAUUUUCCUAUGUCGCCCUAGUUUUCACCUUUACUACUGUAAUCCUGACCUUCAUUUUGACAAGCGAUGGGUGAUUUUCUUCCCCACCUCAAUUUUUCCCACUUGACUACAAUGUAUAGGUCUCCCCAGAACUUGGAAGAAUGAAUGAGGUUUGUUUAUUUCACGAGGAUUCUGAAAAUGUCUGUGCAAUACAAUUGGGAUUGUAGAACUUGUGAAAGAAAAAAAUAUUUAUCAAACUCUGAGUCAUCCAGAUUUCUAUC